ACUAAUAAUUAAAAAAAAAAACAUCAUCGUCCUCUUCCAUCAUCUUCAUCUCAUCCUUUCUCUCUCCAACGCAAAGAUCAGACUUGAGACCAAAAACCAAAAAGAGAAGGAAACUUAGAAGAGAGAGAGAGAGAGUGAUGAGUCCAUCAUCGAGAAAGCUUCAGGUUGUUUCACCAGUUCCCGCUGAUAUUGAUAUUGCUAAUUCCGUCGAGCCUUUACACAUCUCUGAGAUUGCCAAAGAUCUCAAUAUCAACCCACUUCACUACGAUCUCUACGGCAAGUAUAAAGCUAAGGUUUUGUUGUCUGCGUUUGAUGAGCUUCAAGAACAAGAAGAUGGUUACUAUGUUGUUGUUGGAGGGAUUACUCCAACUCCUCUUGGAGAAGGCAAGAGUACUACCACUGUUGGACUUUGUCAAGCCUUAGGCGCUUACCUCGAUAAGAAGGUUGUUACUUGUCUUCGCCAACCAUCACAAGGACCAACCUUUGGAAUCAAAGGAGGUGCAGCCGGUGGUGGGUAUAGUCAGGUGAUUCCUAUGGAUGAGUUCAAUCUUCAUCUCACUGGAGAUAUUCAUGCGAUCACUGCUUCCAACAAUCUCUUAGCUGCUGCUAUCGACACUCGGAUUUUCCAUGAGACAUCUCAAUCCGACAAGGCUCUUUUUAAUAGGUUGUGUCCUCCUAAUAAAGAAGGGAGGCGUAGUUUCAGUGACAUUAUGUUCAGGAGAUUGACUAAGCUUGGGAUCUCCAAGACCAGUCCGGAGGAGCUUACUCCCGAGGAGAUAAAGAAAUUUGCUAGGCUUGAUAUUGAUCCUGCUUCCAUCACGUGGAGAAGAGUGAUGGAUGUUAAUGACCGGUUCUUGAGGAAGAUUACUAUUGGUCAGGGACCUGAGGAAAAAGGGAUGACCAGAGAAACUGGUUUUGAUAUAUCUGUUGCUAGUGAGAUUAUGGCUGUUUUGGCUUUGACAACCUCUCUUGGUGAUAUGAGAGAGAGGCUUGGUAAAAUGGUGGUUGGUAACAGCAAGGCCGGAGAGCCGAUAACAGCUGAUGAUCUUGGUGUUGGAGGAGCCUUGACCGUUCUGAUGAAAGACGCUAUCAACCCGACACUCAUGCAGACACUUGAAGGGACACCUGUCCUUGUUCAUGCUGGUCCUUUUGCAAACAUAGCUCAUGGAAAUUCAUCAAUUGUUGCUGAUAAAAUCGCUUUAAAGCUGGUGGGACCUGGUGGAUUCGUGGUAACAGAAGCANGUGUUGUUGCUUAG